AUGUCACCGGUAGAGUACACACCUUCCACCCAAGUGGAUAUGAGACCACUGGCUUUCUCCAUUCAAGGUUUGGCCGGUCGCUUGAAGGCUCAAGCAGCAAGUCAUUUAGAAGAAGCCUCACCGGCCGGUGUCGCAGCAAUGGCAGCUAGCGGCACCGCAGCCGUACUGUUACCCACUACUGCACACCUACUUCGUCUACGGCCUCCUCCAGCGCGUGCUAUUCUGCAGGCAGGAGUGCCCGUGGCUCUAGGAAGCGAUUUCAAUCCAAAUGCAUUCUGUCUUUCCAUGCCAAUUGUGAUGUAUCUGGCCUGUACCAUGCUGAACAUGACCCCAGACGAAGCGCUAGUCGCGUCCACAAUCAAUUCCGCAUAUAGCCUUAAUAUGUCCGAUCGUGUGGGUGCGAUCACUGUGGGACGACAAGCGGACUUGGUGGUGCUGGACUGUGAUAGGUGA